AUGGCUCCCGUUCAGCCCAUUGCUAUAAUUGGCACGGGCUGUCGCUUUCCUGGCUCGGCCUCUUCUCCCUCUCGACUUUGGGAGCUUCUCCGGGAACCGCGCGAUGUUGCAUCGAAACCACCGGCCGACCGUUUCAAUCCGGAUGCAUUCUACCAAGCUGGAAAGCCGCGACCGGGAGUGACCAAUGCCCCAGAAUCAUACUUCCUCGAUGAAGAUGUCCGGGCAUUUGAUGCCGCAUUCUUCAAUAUCUCGUCGAUGGAGGCGGCGUCAAUGGAUCCCCAGCAGCGUUUACUCCUGGAGGUGGUGUACGAGUCACUUGAAAGAGCCGGACUGCCAUUGCAGCGACUCCAGGGGUCAUCCACGGGGGUAUAUUGUGGAUCCAUGAAUCACGACUAUGCUGAGCUGGUCUAUGCCGACCUGGAUGCCUUCCCCACAUUUGGGGUAACAGGAACAUCGAACUCAAUGUUAGCCACCCGCGUCUCCUACUUCUUUGACUGGCAAGGGCCAUCAAUAGUCCUCGACACAGCUUGCUCCUCGAGCUUGACCGCUGUGCAUUUGGCCGUGGACGCCCUGAGAAAAGAGGAUUGCACGCUGGCAGUCGCUACCGGCAGCUUUCUGAUAUUAUCACCAGACACCUACGUUCGCGGAUCCCAGUUGCACAUGCUGUCAAGCAAGGGCCGCUGCCACAUGUGGGAUGAAGCGGCCGAUGGCUAUGCCCGCGGAGAAGGUGUCGCUUCCAUAAUUUUAAAGCGCCUCAGUGAUGCUCUGCGUGACGGUGACGACAUUCAGGGCGUGAUUCGGGCCACGGGAACUAAUUGUGAUGGUUCCAGCCAGUCCUUGACCAUGCCCAACGCGGAGGCGCAGAGCAAUCUGAUUCGAUCUACAUACGCCCGCGCGGGUCUCAACCCGCUCCUCCAGGAAGAUCGUUGUCAGUAUUUUGAGGCCCACGGAACGGGGACUGUCGCGGGAGAUUGGAAUGAGGCGGCGGGAAUCCACAAUGCCCUUUUUAACCAAGACUCGCCAGCGGACGAGAUCAUCCAUGUCGGCUCGGUCAAAACCGUGCUCGGACAUAGCGAGGCCUGCGCUGGACUCUCCGGCCUUCUUAAGGCCCUACUGGCCGUCCAGCACGGAGUAAUUCCCCCGAACCUCCUGCUCAACAAAAUCAGCCCCCAAGUCGCUCCCUAUACCUCCCACCUCCGAGUGCCGACGAAGCUGAUUCCCUGGCCUGAUCUCCCAGCCGGGACUCCGCGGCGUGCGUCAGUCAGCUCAUUUGGAUUCGGGGGUGCUAACGCCCACGUUAUUCUGGAGAGCUUCAGUGGAUCAGAUAGUCCACCUACAUCCAGCGAGACUGCAGUAGCAGAGGUUCUGCCAUUUGUGUUCUCCGCCAUGUCGGAAAAAUCACUCAAGGAGGUGCUGCAGCAAUACGUUGAUGUGUUGGAGGAACACCCGGCCGUCGACUUGCUAGAUUUAGCCUUCUCUCUCCUCACGCGGCGAUCGGCACUAAGCCAUCGCAUCAUCCUCACCGCAGACUCUGUAUAUUCUCUGAAGGAGAAGUUGGAAGAAGAGCUAGACAAACGUACCGCACCGAACGCAUCGUCUACAAUUACGACUCGCGUGAGUCGGGGACCGAAGAGAAUUCUCGGUAUCUUCACGGGUCAGGGAGCACAGUGGGCACAGAUGGGCCUCGACCUCAUCUCCCAAUGUCCCCAAGCAAGGGCCUGGCUACAAGAGCUGCAAGACUCCCUGGACGGUCUCCCAACUUCAUACCGGCCUACGUUCACCCUCCUGGACGAGCUAGCCGCCCCCGAAUCCAACUCUCGCCUCAGCUCCGCCGCAGUUUCUCUGCCUCUCCGAACCGCCCUCCAGAUCAUCCAAAUCAAUAUCUUGCAGUCUCUUGGAGUGGAAUUUGCAGCGGUGGUUGGACACUCGUCCGGCGAAAUUGCCGCAGCUUACGCGGCUGGAUGGCUGACUGCGUCGGACGCCAUCCGAAUUGCCUAUCUACGCGGUGUUUCUGCAAAGCACGCAGGCUCCAAAGGACAACCAGGCAGCAUGCUAGCGGUUAACAUCUCCUGGGAGCAAGCGGAGGCGAUUUGCAGUGAGGACCCCUACAAAGGGAGCGUCGUGGUGGCCGCCUCCAAUUCCCCGACCAAUGUGACCUUGUCGGGAGAUAGUGAGAUGAUCUCCGAGCUCGAAUGGCUCUUUGAAAGCCUUGAUCAUUCCCCGCGCCGGUUGCAUGUCGACACAGCCUACCACUCUCAUCAUAUGAUUCCCUGCAUCGAGCCCUAUCUACAGGCCAUGACAGCCUGUCAGACUGGAGCCCGUCAGGGCUCGCGAAAAGCGAAGUGGUUCUCCAGCGUCCAGAACGGGAAUGUAAUGACAGAGCUCGACAACGAAUACUGGUGCAAGAAUAUGCUGCAAUCCGUCCGUUUCUCAGAGGCAAUGGCGGCAGCCUUAGAAAGCGAGCCCGAUCUCGACGCCUUCGUGGAGAUCGGACCGCAUCCUGCUCUCCGGGGCCCGUCCCUGCAGACCCUGUCAACUCUGAAGCCCAAAGCCACCGAUAUGCCCUACAUUCCACUGGCCAUGCGCGGGUUCGGUGGCGUCGAAUCACUUGCUCUAGCCGUGGGCUUAUUCUGGGCGCAUCUGGGAGCGGCGUCGAUCAACAUCCCAUCCUUCGUUGGGCUUUUUUGCCCGUCUCGACAGCCGAAAUACCUGUCCUGGCUUCCAACGUACCCCUUUGACCAUAGUCACACGUUCUGGGCUGUGCCGCGUCUAUCAACGGCCCGAAUCUCUCGUCGCUUGCCCAGACAUCCGCUGCUUGGUGGGAUUAGUCCCGAGACGGGCGAGGGAGAGUGGCGAUGGCGGAACUUCCUACGAGUAGAUGACCUUCCCUGGGUAGAGUGCCACCAGGCGCAGUCCCAGAUAAUUCUUCCCGCCACAGCGUACCUAGUCAUGGCUCUUGAAGCGGCCCAUCUCAUCGCAGAUGGUCGGGUGCUGCAAUUGGUGGAGAUCACGGACCUGGCCAUUAGUCGGGCCUUACCUAUUCCCGACGACGCAGCCGGCAUCGAAAUUAUGUUCACUGCCUACCAGACGAACGGCAGCAACGACAGCAAUCUGAUCAUUUCAUUCACUUGUCAAGCCACUUUCAAAGGAACAUUGCGGCGCUGCGCAUCUGGCCGCAUUGCGGUAACAUUUGGCAAACAGGACGCGACGCUGCUUCCACGCAUGGGUCCAACUGCUCCCGGGCUGCGAGCCAUCGAUUCGGAGCAGUUUUAUACACAGCUGGAUAUGCUUGGCUUAGGCUACUCGGGCCCCUUCCGGGGCCUCACUGAACUCCAUCGCCGCAAGGACAUAGCUUACGGAACCAUUGCCGCCUCCCAUUGGGGCAAUGACCCUUUACUAGUCCAUCCCGCGAUGCUAGAUAUGAGUCUUCAGGCUUUGAUGGUGGCUAUGGGUUCCCCCGGUGACGGCCAGGUGUCCAGCCUUUAUCUCCCCAUCAGGCUGGAACGUGUGACGGUCAACCCAGCCUUUUGUAAAACUGGUGCCCUGCACGCUUCUGACGGGCACCUCACCGUCGAAGCCAAACUGACCAAGAUUGCGAAGACUGGAGUCUCCGGUGACAUCGAUGUUUUCGAUGCCGAGGGUCGGGGCUUCGUCCAGGUUGAGGGAAUGCAGCUCUCUCAGCUCGCGCAGCCCACUGGGGACGACUGUCCUAUCUUCGCGGGGGUGGUUUGGGGCCCAUUGGCGCCGAAAGCUUCCUCUACUAAUUUUCCAACUACUCGCUUUGGCCCCUUAGCGGAUCGCAUCGCGCUCCUCUACCUGCGGGACACGCAAAUCCAUCUGACCAGCAAAGACCGUCAACAUUUGGACUGGCACCGGGGUCUGUACGUAGCCUGGAUGGAUCGAGUUCUGGCCGCCAUUCGCGACGGCACUCAUCAACGUUACUCCGCCGACUGUCUGGAGGGCGAUAUUGCCUCUGUUCUCACUCCUGCAGCCGAGGAGGUCCAUCCAGUCGAGUUGCGCACUCUGGAAACGACCGCUAAACAUCUGAUCGGCUGGCUACGAGGUCAGUCCCUUCUCGCGGAAGAGCUGGGUCGGGAUAAUCUUCUCUCCCGCGUGUGUCAGGAAGCCCACAACUUCGGCACGUUGACGCAGCACUUGGCGACUUUGGUAGGGCAACUAGCAUUCCGGUACCCGCGCAUGAAAAUUCUCGAAGUCGGGGCCGGCAGAAGCUCGGCGACACAGAUGGUGCUAGACCACCUCGGACGGGACUAUCACUCGUACACGUACACUGACCUUUCGGAAGAUUCCUUCGACAAGGCGCGGGAGAGAUUUGUCACUCAUAAUGACCGUUUCUUCUACCGCGAGUUAGACAUAGAGCGAGAUCCGAUUGAACAGGGCUUUUCCGAGCAUGAAUACGACCUUGUGAUUGCAAGCAAUGUCCUGUGUGGGACCCACUCGUUGAAGCAAACCCUGGCCCAUGUGAGACGGUUGCUGAAGCCGGGGGGUCGGGUUGCCGUCUCCGAGGCCACGGAUCCUGAGAACGUUGCCGCGUCGUUUAUCUUGGGCGGAUCCGAGGAAUGGUGGUUGGGUGAAUCAGGUGGUCGGCUGUGGGGACCUCAGGUCUCCCGAAAGAGCUGGAAUGAGGCGCUGCACGCCUCGGGUUUCGGUGGUUUCGAGGCAAUCUCCCCGACGGAAGAAGAGUCGAAGCUCCUCGGAUUGUCCGUCUUUAUUUCCCGGGCCGUUGACGAGCGUGUCCAGCGAUUGAUAGAGCCCUUCUCAGUCCCUGCCAACGGCCAAUUUCGCGACCUCGUUCUCCUUGGCGGAGCGACGACAGCCACUGCGAAGCUGUUGUCAGCAGUCCGAGAUCUCGUGGGCCCAUUCUUCCGUCGCAUCACGGCCGCCAAACGCCUUGAAGACUGCGUUCCUCCACCCGAUGCCUCGCUGGCGGUCGUCUUGGCUGCAUCUGAUAUCGAUAGCCCCUGUCUGAAGGGUCUCACCGCAGAUCGUCUUCAUGGCCUGCAAAACAUGAUUAGUGUCACAGGACGGCUGUUGUGGCUGGCCACCGGGAGGCUGGAUGAGAACCUAUACCUCCGGAUGAGCAAGGGGCUUCUACGCUCUCUGGCCUUCGAGAACCCCCAUGCUGGGCUGCAGCACCUCACUAUUAGUGAUCCAGGGGAGGUAUCGCCGGAUCUCGUCGCAAGCGUACUCAUGCGACUGGUUCAUGCCGAAGUGGGUGGUGAUCACCGACUCUCCCGCUGCAUGGAAAGCACUGAAUGGGAACUGAUGCUAGAGGACGGGAUCCUGAAGAUUCCGCGCAUGCAUAGUAACACCGACAUGAACCAGCGAUGGCUGGCGAGUCGUGGGAUUUCCAAGAGUAGGUCUGUCGAUCCUGAACAAAGCUGCGUGGAGGUUUGCACGGGUGACAACACAUUGACUUUCUCUCCGUCCUUCGCAGAGAGGCAGCCGGAUAUGAAUGGCCUCAGAUACUGCAAGGAGAUGGUUCGUAUCCGGGUUCAAUAUGCUACUCUUCCCGCCGUGCGAAUCGACAGCGGUUUUCUUCAUCUAGUCCUUGGGGUAAACGAGGCAACCGGCACCCGGGUUUUGGCUCUGUCGGCCUCUCACGCCUCGGUGGUUUCCACCUACGCGUCAUGGUGCUUGGGUGUUCCCAGCUGGACGGCAGACAGAGAAGAUUCUGUCUUCUUGGACGAUGUGUGCGCAGCUCUCGUUGCCCAGCAUCUGGUCCGCCACGCGCCUGCCGGUUCUACGCUCCUUCUACAUGGAGCCUCCCAGUCUUUGCGAGAAGCUGUAUCUGCUGUUGCGUCCCGAAGCAGUGUCCAGGUAUGCACCAUCACAACCGACGGGAAAGACGGCAAAGAUCCAGCUACACUGGCUAUCCCACCUCGGAGCCCGUCACACACGAUCUCCCGCCUUCUACCAGCCAAUGUAUCGCUAUUGGCCACAUUCGCCCCCGAUACGGACCGUACCAUCUCUAAGAUACAGCCGUGUCUGCCACCGGGGUCGACCUCCUGCGGGCUGAAGGAUUUCUACGGCACCACUUCGUUCCCACCUGCGGCCGCACAUCAUUCCGUGGCAGAUUCUCUCACCAAAGCCUGUCUGUUCCCGCAAGAUCACAAGAGUCCCCGCUCUGUUACUGAGAAAAUAUCUCCCCAAGAUGUACCCGGACUUUCUCUCGGCCGUCAGAAACUGAAAAUUGUCGAUUGGAUGCAUUCGGGGCCUGUUGAAGCCGAUCCCCUUCCGGCUAGCUCUCUUGUGGGUUUGAGCGCCGAUAAGACCUAUCUGCUUGUCGGGAUGACAGGCGAUGUAGGCCAGUCGGUGUGCCAAUGGAUGAUCGCCCGAGGAGCUCGAUCGGUGGUGCUCACAAGUCGAUCCCCGAAGGUCGAUCCGCGGUGGCUGGGAGAGAUGUCAGGGCUUGGUGCACGUGUUGUUGUCAUGGCUAUGGACGUGGCGGACCGUGCCUCGGUGCUCCGAGUUCAUGAACGCAUUCAAUUGGAGCUACCUUCUGUCGGGGGAAUUCUGAAUGGAGCAAUGGUUUUACGGGAUGGGCCAUUCGCCAAUCUGUCGUUAGAAGACGUCCUCCAAGUCUUUGCCCCAAAAAUCGAAGGCAGUCUGAUUUUGGACGAGCUGUACCGGGACACGGAUCUGGAUUUCUUCCUUUUGAUGGGCUCCAUGUCCGGUCCUGUGGGCAACUUCCACCAGUCGGCCUACGCAGCCGCCACGGAGUUCAUGGCUGCCCUUGUGCACCAGCGACGCCUGCGCGGCCAAGUUGGGAGUAUCAUUCAUCCGGCCCAAAUCCGUGGCGUCGGAUACCUCGCCAACAUGGACCCGCAGCUAACUGGGGCUCUCACGGACCGUAUGGGUCCGCUAAUUCUGUCCGAGCGCGACCUACUCGAGUUGGUAGCCGAAGGCAUUCUUGCCGGCCGGCUGGACUCUGGGCAACCAGUGGAGAUCGUUGGUGGAUACCGGAUGACAGAUCCAGCGGAGUACCCCAACGUGCAGUGGUACAGCAAUCCGAUGCAGUGGCCUUUCAUCCAGCAUUUCCCUCAGUCUGAGGCCGCGGGGCCAAAGAACAAGGAGGUUCCCAUGAAGACGCAGCUGCUGGCUGCUGACAGCCUGAAUGCGGCCGCGGAGAUAAUUGCCCACGGGUUCAGCGAGAAGUUGCGUCAGAGGCUGCAGUUGCCCAGUGAUGCCAUGCUUCUUGGCACGACUUUGGUGAUGGAGCUUGGGGUCGACUCGCUCGUCGCCGUGGAUCUGCGAAGCUGGUUUCUGAAGGAACUUGGUGUGGAUAUGCCGGUUCUGCAGCUGCUUGGAGGCUCAUCGAUUAAUGAUUUGGCCUCCAACGCUGCUGACAAACUGGAACCCAUUGCUGUGCCUUUGGUGAAGGCUGAGCAAUUGCCGAAUUAG